GGACUUCAAAAGCUAGAAUAACAGACCCACUUUAGUGUUCUGGCACUGCAAACAAGGGUGGAAGGACUGAGGAAGCCAGGACAGCCAACAACUGGACAUCCAUGUGUCCUCCACAUUGGCUGCCUUCCUUGCCUUGAUAACCUGAGAAGGAUCCCAAUUCUUAUUCAGAGUUGUCUCUUUGGUGACAUUGGCUAUUCAGAACUGUCAUUUCAGGGCUCAAGAGGAACUGUGGGACUCUUUCCUGUUUUCCUUCUGGGUGUUCCUGGACAUGAGUACAUCUCACUGAAAUAUUUCCACCUCUACCUAACAGACAAAGGAAAGACUCAGAGCACCUCAGUCCACUGUGCCAACAGGACGUGAAUGACUCACUACUUCUUGCUUACUACCUGAAGUCAACCAAAUAGAAGUUCACAGGACCCUUCAUAGAAUCCAUUGAUCGCACCGUGACCAAGGACAUUUUGCAUGACCAAUGAGUGGCCACCCCCUGAAGGAGAUGUCUGAAACUCACAGCAGUCCUCUUCUGGCAGAGCCUCUUUCCAGCAGAUACAAACUCUAUGAGUCAGAGUUAGCCAGCCCUACCUGGCCCUCCAGCCCUCAGGAUACACACCCAGCCCUGCCCCUCCUGGAAAUGCCUGAAGAAAAGGAUCUUCUUUCAUCCAACGAAGAGAGCCACAUCGUGAAAAUUGAAAAACCCAAUGAAAGGAGUAAAAGGAGAGAAAGCGGGGCAGCCCCCCGGGGCUCAGCAGGCCGGGGAGGCAUCAGCCUCUUCCAAGCAGUGAGCUACCUGACAGGCGAGAUGAAGGAGUGCAGGAAUUGGCUGAAAGAUAAGCCGCUGGCCCUGCAGUUCACAGACUGGGUCCUAAGGGGGACUGGUCAGGUGAUGUUCGUCAACAACCCUCUCAGCGGGUUCAUCAUCUUCAUCGGGCUCCUGAUCCAGAAUCCCUGGUGGACAAUUGCUGGGGGUCUGGGGACAGUGGUCUCGACCUUAACUGCCCUUGCCUUGAGCCAAGACAGGUCCGCGAUCGCCUCCGGACUCCACGGAUACAAUGGGAUGCUGGUUGGACUGCUGAUGGCUGUGUUCUCCAAGAAGUUUGACUAUUACUGGUGGCUUCUGUUUCCUGUGACCUUCACCGCCAUGGCCUGUCCAGUUCUUUCUAGUGCCUUAAACUCCAUCUUCAGCAAGUGGGACCUCCCAGUGUUCACACUGCCCUUCAACAUCGCAGUGACCCUAUACCUGGCGGCCACAGGCCACUACAACCUCUUCUUCCCCACGACACUAGUGGAGCCUGUGGCUUCGGUGCCCAACAUCACCUGGACGGAGAUCGAAGUGCCCUUGCUGCUACAAGCCAUCCCCGUCGGGGUCGGCCAGGUGUACGGCUGUGACAAUCCCUGGACAGGUGGCGUGUUCCUAGUGGCUCUGUUCAUCUGCUCACCACUCAUCUGCUUGCAUGCAGCCAUCGGCUCCAUCGUGGGGAUGCUAGCAGCCCUGACAGUGGCCACGCCCUUUGAGAUGAUCUACAUGGGCCUCUGGAGUUACAACUGUGUCCUCGCCUGCAUCGCCAUCGGGGGCAUGUUCUACGCCCUCACUUGGCAGACCCACCUGCUGGCCCUUGUCUGCGCCCUGUUCUGUGCAUACAUGGGAGCAGCCCUCUCCAACAUAAUGGCAGUGGUUGGUGUACCACCAGGCACCUGGGCCUUCUGCCUCUCCGCCCUCAUCUUCAUGCUCCUGACAACCAACAACCCUGCCAUCUACAAGCUGCCCCUCAGCAAGGUCACCUACCCAGAGGCCAACCGCAUCUAUUAUCUGACCUUGAAAAGCACUGAAGAAGAGAAGUCCCCCAGCGGUGACUAGCCAAGUUCCAGGCAGAAAUGCUUUUUGCCUGAACCUUGUUCUGCUCCCUGUGGUCUCGAUUCUGGGUCAAUCAGCUACACCACCUGCUUUCUUUGCCUCUCUUGCACCUGUGCAGAACCAGACACACCAACAACUCUCUUUCCUGAUGCUGGUUUUCUCUCUCUGACCAAAUUGCCACAACUAUUCAUCAUGUGACAUUAGAGGAAGUUAGUAACAAGCUUACUAGAGUUAGAAGAAAGGUACAUGUUUUCAAAGUCAUCGACUUAAAACAAGAACAUUAUUUGUUUGUAUUUAGUAUUUGGGAAAGGUGAUUAAGAGAUAAUCUUGUUGGCAUGUUUAACUAAAUAAUAGAUGCUGUGAAAUUUAUCUUAAUUAGUGGUUCCUAGGCAGACACAGAGUGAAUGAAAAUUCAGGAGACAAAUGCGAAGAAUUGAAGGCACCGUAGUACACAGAGCUAGUGGCUGAUGGGCACAUUCAGCUUUACAUAAAACCUUACACUGAUAACAUUUUAAAAUUGAAAUAGGGACAAUGAGUGCACUGGAAGUGUCUAAAUAUGAAGUCUCAAACGUAUAGUGGUCAGAGUAAAGGGCAAGGUGAUAUUCCAUAGGAAGGAAUUAAUUAAUUAGAAUCUUACAUGUGACUUUUUUAUGAAGAAUAAGCAUUUCUCUGUGUAACUCAAAUCAGCAACUUUGGGCAGAAAUUUCAGUUGGAGAAAAUACCUGAGCUCAUUUGUGAAUAGCUGGGAAAGUUUAUUCCAUUUUUUUUUAUUUGCUUAUGGAUAUUGGAGGCUCUUUAAGAUCUGAUAUUUCAAUGGUUAGCCUUGACUUUAGAUAAACUGUUAUUUAUGAAUUUUAUAAUUUGGCUUCCCAAUUAAUACAGUAACUAGCCUGAGUUUAGUCUUUAGUUGUAUAUAGAUCAGGAGUUGACAAACUUUUUUCUGGAAAGGGUCAAAUAGUAAAUAUUUUUGGCUCUGAAGGCCAUAGUCUCUUUUGCAAAUACUCAACUCUAUCAUUAUAGUGAAAAGUAGCCUGGGAUGGUAUAUAAGUGAAUGGGUGUAGUUGAGUUCAAAUAAGACUUUAUCAAACAGAUAGCAAGCUAGAUGUGGCCUCCAAACGGUAGUAUGUCAGUGCCUGCUACACAGAGCCAACAUAACAAUGGUCAGGCAUGGUUGGACAAUCAGCAGGCCUAAAGGAAACCACCAGGUUCUAUACCACAGGCAUGUAUCUGCCAGGUGAUGGUGUGAAAAUUCUUAGGAAGUAGAGAGAUUAAAAGUGGUUGGAGAUGAACAACAGAAAGUGAGAUUAGUAUGACCAGACUCAGGAAGAUGCAACCUGAGGCUCUCAGAGAAUGACAGACACAGUGUUGUGUACCAAUGGGUACAGGUUUAACUGUACAUCCUUCCACACAGAUGUCUGGGAACCACUCCUAAGGCUCACUGUCCUCCACUUCCUCACCCUGUUCCGCCCUCUGCCAGCGGGCUCACCACUGUACAAGGAAGAAAAAAAACCAUGACCCUUCAGAAGCCCAGAAGCUUCCAACAGCAAGAGCAGGGAGGCUCAUAGAAGCUCAGGGUUAGAAGGGAGUGUGAAGGCCAUAUAAUCCCUCAUCUUGUGAUGCAGAGGCUUCUAUAGGAAGCUUGGGGCUUCAAUUCCCAUCCAGGCUUCUAGCCAGGGCACAGUUAACCAAAAUGGAAGGGAGACCCCAAGGUAUUCUAAGAAGAGAUAACAGAAUCAGAGGUACCCCGAUAAUUGCCCUAGGAAAUUGCCUCUUUUCUCCAUUAAGCCCUUGAGAAGCUCCACCCAAGAACUGAACCAUCUUUUAUUGGAUUUCAAGGAGAGGAAAACUAGUUGGAUAUGAAAAUUCUUUCAGCUCACUAGAGUAACUUUAUCUCCUUCCCUCUCUUCUCUUCCCUCCCCACUUCAUAGUUUGUCUUUUAUGAGGUACCACUUUGAUCACAGGGAUCUAGGUCUUGUGAGGGUUUUUUCCUCCCAAGUUUCCACGUUAACAACCCCCAACCCUCUCCCACCCAGGAAUGAAUAGUUUAACUAUUUUACAAGAUGCCAAACUCAUUUGAAGACAAAUGGAUAAAAGCUAAGUUAGUCAGAAAAAGGGGAAAAAAAUAUCCCCAGCAAGUCUGGAAAAACCACAGGGCCCCAGAAAGUCUAUAAUACACUGUGACCAAAAUGGCAAGAUAUUUAUGUAGAAAUAAAAAAUAAAAAUAAAAAUAAAUAUUAUCUGCUAGUUUGAGCAGAAGUAAAAAUCCCCAGGCCUCUGAGAAGUCUGCCCUGUGCAGGUAACCCUGUGUACAGGCCACGGACAGAUGCCCAGAUAUCCUCUGAAGUAGCCCAAAGAGUCUCAUGGGUUAGGAGAGCUCCCUGGAGUGACCUUGCCCCACCUUCACCAACACUUCUCCAUCUCACCGACACUCUGAAUGAGUAGAGGCAGGAACCCUGAACUUACAGAUUCUCACCACCAGCAUGAGGUUGCAAGGGUGCAGGCCACUGAUAUUGUCUACUAUCACCCCAAAUAGCAGCAGGAGCUUUUGGAAAACUGAACAUAAGUAUUUGUGGCUGAACAUUAAUAAGCAGUCAUUAGAGAGAGAAGGAAUAUAAGUGUGGGGCUAGGGAGAAGGGGACUUUAAAGGAAACACUGUCUUAAAAAUCUUUUCUAUCAUGCACACCCCUUUCCCCUGUCCUCUCCCCAAAUCUUAUCAUCUCUCCCUCUGGCCUCACCAUCUCCUCCUCCCAUUUUCAUCUUCUCUGCUAUAUGGUAGAGUUUUAUUGUCAUCGUGGAAUAGCAUUGUCCUGCUGUAUUUUUAAAUAAUUUGAUCUUGAAUCGUCUUUCUAAUCACUUUUAUGAUAAUUGACAUAGUCAAGUUUUCUACUUCUUGGUCAAACUUGAGAGUUUGUUUGCUUGAAAAUAAUCUAUUUUCUUUAGUUUUAAAUUUUUGACACCAUAGAGUUACUCAUAAAGUUUUUACAAUAAUUCAAUCUCUUGUGUAUCUGUGGCUUUAUCUCCUUUGUAAUUUCUAAUUUUAUGUGAUUUUGCUUUCUCUUUUCCUUAAUCAGGUUUGUGAGAGAUUUACUCAUUUUAUUGGCUUUGACAAGGAAGUAGUUUGGAAUUAAUUUGUUAUUUCUACUUGUUGUGGUUUGUUCUUUAUUUUAUUGAUUUUUUCCCCUAUUUUCUGGUGUUUUGUUUAAAUGUUCUUUUUUUUUUCAAGUGUUUUAAAAUUGAUAUAAAGUUUCUUCAUUUUAGAUAUUUUUCCUUUAAUGACAAAGGCAUUUAAGGCUAUUGAUUUUCCCCUGAGUUCACCUUUAGCCAUGUACUAUAGGUUUUGAAAUAAAAUAUUCUACUUUAAUCAGUUUUUAAAUAGUUUGUAAUUUUAGUUUUGAUUUCUCUUUGAUCCAAGGAUUAUCUAAGAAUGUGUUUCUUAAUUUCCAGUAUGUAGGAUCUUUUUGAUACUUUUAAACUUUCUAUACUUAGUUUUAUUGGACUAAAGACAGAACAAACAUGGCCUAUAAAAUCUCUAUUUUAAAACUUUAUGAAUUUUUCUUUGUAGCCAAUUACUUGAUUAAUUUUGGACAUAUAAGAUGCAAAUUUUUAUUUGAAAGAAAGGCAUAUUAAAUUGAUUUAUUAAUGGCAUCAUUCAAUUA